GCGUGGCAUUGACCCAUCUCUACAGACUUGCAUUUUAAUCAGAAAUUGUUGUAGGGAAAACGCAAAAAGCGUUGCUAUUGUCGCAACCAUGUCCUCCUCUUCGACCAGAGACCAGCCGGGAACCUCCCACGAGACGUUCGAGGACUUUUACACAGAAGUGAAAGAAAUUGAAAAACGUGAUUCAGUUUUAACUCCUUCUCAACAAAUUGAUCGUUUACUUCGUCCAGGUUCAACGUACUUCAAUCUCAAUCCGUUUGAGGUGCUCCAAAUCGAGCCCGAGGUCGAGGUGGCCGACAUAAAAAAGCGCUACCGCACCUUGUCGAUCCUCGUCCAUCCAGACAAGAACCCCGACAACCAGGAGCGCGCUCAAAUGGCAUUCGAUAUUGUGUCGCGUUCCUGGAAGAUCCUGGAGAACGAACUCACGCGCAAAAGGUGUCUGGAGGUGUACGAGGAGGCCAAGGGGCGAACGGAUCAAAUGAUUGCAGAAAAGCGAAAAAAGCUCAAAAAGGAGGGUCGGCCCACGGAGCCCAUUCCCGAGGACGAUCCCACCAAGUACAAGCAUGCCAUAUACGUGAUGGUCAUGAAGCUGUUCGCCGACAUGGAGCGCCGGCGACAGAAGCUCGACCAGCGCGACCAGGAGGAGCGCAAGAGGAAGCGCGAAACCGAGAUCGAGGAGGAGGAGCGGAUCAAGGCGGACCGCGAGUGGCAACAGAACUUCGAGGAGUCGCGACAGAGCCGCGUCAAUAGCUGGCAUGACUUCCAGUCCGGCUCCAAAAAGUCUAAGAAGGCCAAGAAACAAAAGCAUAUGACCGGCAUGAUGGUGCCACCCAAGUUUAAGCCCGAGUCGCGAUAAUAUUGCUUCCCAGCGCGGCGUCGAUCCUGCUCUAUCGCAGACCACCUCCUCCUUCCCGCGUCGCGUUGCACAUAAAUAUUUUUACAUUUUUUUAUAAGUAUCCUUUGGAAUUGUAAUUGACACGUGCAUAAUGUAUAGAUGUAAGAAAUCA